CCGCCCACUUACCAAACCAACGGUUGCGAUGCGCUAGCUGAAACUCUUCAUGAAUAACGCGAUUAUAAGUUGUUUAUUCAAUGUUAAAUUAACGAGUAGUUUGCCAGGCAACUAGUUAGUAACCUUGUGUGUUACCCCAAGAAGAUAUGUGGAUAAAGUGGUUCAUUAUCACUGUUUGUUUUGAUCGCGGAGUGGAUACAUAGGCUGUUGUUGUUGUUGUGGCCUGCUAACUAGCAUAGCUAAGCUAGCAUUAGCUUCAGCUGGUUCCUCUUUGCGUCUCAGAAACGAAGAGGGGGAAAUCAAAUGGCACACCUUCAAAGCUAACUCUCAAGAGCUGUCUCUGUAAAGACACGUUGUGGUGUUGGCCAGGGAUCAGAAAGUUGUCCCCAGCUAUGAGAGCCUCUCACCACUGACUGAAAUCUCAGAGAAAUGGAGCUGUACUGGUACAUAGUCGUCAUUGUAUUCAUCGUUAUCAAGAUAUGCUUCUACGUGUGCUGGUAUCGAUCGAGACAGAGGCAGCUGGCGGCGUACCUGAACAACCCACGCAACGCUCAGAUAGUCAUCGUCGGAGGAAGGGCCUACCUCCAUCAGAUGUAUGAGAGACAGAGUCAGACCUCUGUGUGGCCCAGUUGGUAUGGAGCUCAGGAUGAUCUGUCCACAGAGGAACCCUCCGCCACCGCCCUGCCUCCAGAUGCUUCCUUCUCACAGCUCGACAUGCCCCCUCCAUACGAGGCCGUCUCUGGAGAGGACGACCUGAAGCCCCCUCCCUACAGCGAGUGUGCUCACCACGACGAGGCGGACGCUCCUCGCUCCCCCCAUCACACUGUCGUCAUUUCCGAGGGAGACACCAUUAGCAUAAAUGAAGCCCCGCCCCCUUACACACUGUCCCCCCCUGCUGUCAGUCAGCCAGACGUCCCUGUGAACCACAAUGAGUCCGAGAGCCGCCCCAAUUAAACCCCCCGAAACCCUCCUCUAUGCCAGUAUGCCUUUUCCAUGCACUGCCUUCCUACAUUCAACCAUCUGCCAGCCUGCCUCUCGUCACAUGAGAGCAGAUCUCUGGGUGUGUGUGUGUGUGUGCUGGUUUCUAGAAGUUUUUCUACUUGUCUGACGAGAUAACGGGGGACAUGAGAAGCCUGCGUGCCUCAGUUUUGACCUGCCUCCCAGCGAGGAUAAAGACCUCGAACGGCCCGUCCACACGGCAGCGUGCGUUUUUUAAUGGGGUGACGCGUGGCGGGAGAUUAAUGUGAUUGGUUGUUGGUCGCGCUUCAGACACGGCUUCAAGCUUCAACGCACGCUGCCGUGUGGACGCUGUGUAAGAUCAGAGGAAUCAGAGCGACGCAGAUAAGCAGAGAGUGUGUUAAAUAAAUAAAAGUGGUCUCCCGCUCUACGUCUGACUUCCUCUCUCAGAUCUAAACCCGUUAACUAUGUUUGAGAAAUGUUUUUAGUUCCUGUGAUACAUAAUCUGUCGGACAUCACUUCGUCUUUUUGUGAAGCUGCAGACAUUUGUUCUGAAAACUAAAAAAGAAACUGCAAACUCUCCCUUUUAUUAACAUUAAACAACUCAUAGCGAUUAAUAAGACUUCACCUCGCUGUGAAAUAUGAAAUCGUUUGAACAGUUUUAUCUUGAAACAACUCUCAUCGAGGAACUAUUUGAUAACGAAUGCACUAAUUGUCUUAAAUAAUGACCUCAUUAGCAUAAGUGGUUAUGUUUAAUAUAUCAUGGUGAUUAUUCCGGGACGUUAGGCUUUUCAAGUGCCUAUUACAUCUGUGAGGGGAAGUGAGCGAGGACAAGCGGAACAAGUGAAAUCAAAUUAACAUUUAUGAGCUAUUUUUUUUUUUUCUCUGAUCACCUCGGCUGCUUUAACUAAACGCCUGAAAAGGGAGAUUCUGUGUAUUUAGUCUUUCCAGAUAGUUGCGGGGUCAAACAAAAGGUUGCUUUUUCCCCUCGACACAUGAAAACAUAUUUCCUGUGGCUGUAAAAGAAUCCGAUCAGUUGUAAUGUUGAGCUGAAGGAUUGAUUUGAGAGAAAUAUCAAGUGGAAAUGGAGCCGACGGUUGAAAAUUCAACAACAAAUCUCAGUUAUUAAUUUCUAUUUGCAUUAUAUUUGCAAAAGAGACUAACCAAAAACUGUUUUUUAACAACAGCACCCUGUAACGUCCCUGUUAAUCUUCCACAGGCUGGCAGUGGACUUUGUGUGUUUGCUCUCAUGUUGCUUUUGGAAAAGGUUGUUACCCUGCAUCUCAGAUAAUCCAGAAGCAGCCCUCUCUUAUCCGUUUCACUUCCUGUGUUUGUUACCGUAUAAUCCGUGUAUGAAUUCUGAAUAUUAUUAAGAAACAUGAAUGCUGUGUAGGUGUGUUUUGGGGGAAAAGUAUAUAAAAGGGGAUUUUUGUGAAGAAUUGAAUGUGUUUUGUGAUGACAAAUCUCGGGGCAUCGGUCACUGAUGCCUUUUUAAAAAACCUUUCCUGUGGUUUUUCUGAAUGUAGAUUUUGAACUGCGUUGACAGCAUGGUGGUGAUUAGAUCAUGAAUAAUUACAGGCUCCUCUGUAAUGUCCGUCCUGUGUGUUCACUUCAUGUUCAUUCCCACGGUGGAGACAUAUCAAAUCCACUCAGCUGUGUGAGGAACGGGAACUGAUCUGUGUUUUGAUUUGGGGAGAGGUUCUUCUUCUGUAUUAAACUGUUGUUAUAUAUAAUACUGA